AUGGCCAAAUUGCGAGAGUUGAUAUUGUCCGUUAGAGGAGCAAAGACAGCAGCCGAAGAGCGCGAGAUCAUCACGAAAGAGUGUGCGGUGAUUCGUUCAUCGAUGUCCACAAACAACUUAAUAGUACGUCAUCGGAAUGUAGCCAAGUUAAUAUACAUUCAGUUAUUGGGAUAUCCCACACAAUAUGGGCAGAUGGAGUGUUUAACAUUAUUAUCGUCACAUCACUAUGCAGACAAACGAAUUGGGUACUUAGCCUUGAUGCUUCUUCUUGAUGAAACACAAGAGGUUUUAACAUUAGUGACCAAUCACAUUCACAACGACUUACUUUCUUCAAAUCAAUUUAUCGUUGGUCUUUCUUUGUCCGCCAUAGCCAACAUUGGAUCUGUUGGUAUUGCCCAAGACGUCGCUCCUGAAGUCGAGAAACUGAUGGCUUCCCCUGUUAAUUAUAUCAAGAAGAAAGCUGCAGCUGCUGCUUUACGAAUCGUACGCAAGUGCCCGAGUUACUGUGAGAUCUACAUUCAGAAGACAAAAGCUUUAUUAGUAGAAAGACAGUUAAGUCUGCAGUUAGUGGGUCACACAUUAGCAAUUGAGCUCUGCAAACACUUCCCGCCUGCUAUUGGCGAGUUCAGAAAGUUAAUUCCUAACAUGUUAAAUAAUUUGAAGGUCUUAGUCAACUCCUCGUUCUUACCAGACUUUGAUGUGAGUGGGUUGACUCAUCCAUUCUUACAAGCGAAGAUCUUAGAGUUACUUGGAAUGCUUGGCCACGGAGAUAAGGCCAAUUCCUCAUUGAUGUAUUCAGUGUUGACCUUCACUUUAAAUAACACAAGCAAUUCAAGAAACGUCGGGAACGCCGUGUUACUGGAAGCCGUCAAGACUAUCUUACAGAUCGAAGCGGAACAAAACUUGAUGCAGACGUGCGUGCAGAUCUUAAUUAAAAUGCUCAAUGGGAAAGACGAGAAUUUCAAGUACGUUGCGCUGGACACGUUACAGUACCUUCUUGAGGUGGGAGCGCCAGCUAUACAGAAGAACAAAGGAGUUGUAGUAGAGUGCUUAAAAGACCACGACCAUGCUAUUCGGAAACGAGCAUUAGACUUAGUGUAUUCUUUAGUGAAUGAAAAUAACGUUGUGGCUCUUGUUAAAGAACUUCUGACGUUCUUGCAAAUGUCAGACAUCCAAUUCAAACAAGACGUCGUAGUCAAGAUCUGUUGGCUGGCGGAUAAGUUUGGGCCGGACACGAAAUGGAAGUUUGACUCGAUUUUGGAGACUAUUGUCAUUGCAGGAGAUAUCGUCCCGGAAGAGGUGACGUGGAACUUUGUGAUGUUAAUUCAACAAAACAUCGAAUUGCAAAAUUACGCCGUCAGAAGGUUGUUUGAAGCGUUGAAGAAAGACGUCAGUAAAAACGCAUUGAAUCGAGUUGCUAUUUGGGCGAUUGGGGAAUAUGGAGAUCUCCUUGCAGUGAAUGAAGAUCAACAGCCAGCUGUCAAUCCAUCAGUUAUGAUUGACUUAAUAGAGUCAAUUGAUGGCUCUGGAUUCUCUGAUUUGACUAUUAAAGGAGAAAUUCUUGUGGCUUUAACAAAAUUGUCUGCGAGAGUCCCUCAAAACUAUUACUCGAAGAUUACUAGUUUUCUUAAUAGUUACAAAAAUAAUAUCAAUUUGGAACUCCAACAACGGGCUAUUGAAUUCUCCCAAUUCUUUAAUUAUAAUGAACUUAGAAUGGACGCUAUGAAUAGAAUGCCUAUACCAGAAAAUCUCCAUCAAGAAACUCAUGCAGCUCAAGUCGUACCAGAAACCCCUUAUAUUAGAGAUACCGCUUUUGAAAAGGAUAACGAGGAAAAUUCCCCACCUAUUAGUCAGGAAGAAACUAAAAGUAAACAAGAAGGUGACUUACUCGAUAUUUUGGGAAUUUCUAAUAAUAAACAACAAAUGCAAAAGACGGUGGAACAACCAAAUCUUCUGGAUUUACUCGGAGGGCCGGUACAACAACAAAAUAACCAAAAUGUGGUGAUACCAAUGAUACCAACUACUACUACUUCUCAAUCACAAAAUGUGGUACCAAAUGUUAUUCCUGUGGAACAUGUCAAACAAGAAAGUCAUCAAGAGGUACAAAAUGUACUCAAUUUACUCCCUCAAACACAAAACUCACCAGUUGCUCCUAUAGAACAACCCCCCGUCAUAACGCCAAGUAAUGAACUGAUCGUUCAAGCACUCGAUAAUAACGGAAUUAAUGUCAAGUUCAUCGUAAAACAAGACAAAAAUACAUUCAGCAUCAACGCGACAUUCUCGAACACUAACUCAUCGGAACUCCAAAACUUCUCAAUGAAGGUCGCUGUCCCAAAAUGGAUCGAUUUGGCUCUCCAACCUCCUUCCGGAAAUACUAUACCUGCUUUGUCCACUGACCAAGUCACACAACAACUCAUCUAA